GCCAGACCCAACCAGGGGUCCGUCUGCUGAUGAUGUCAGGAAGAAAUGAUCAUGAUAAGGAUAACAGCAAGGGUGUUUAAGAAGUGUUUGUACUUUCUCUGUGAGACUAGUAAACAAGAGAUACUGUGAAACAGAGAGAAAGAGAGAGAGAGGGGGGAGGAAGGAAGGAAGAGGGAGGGAUUGACAGAGAGGAAAGAGAGAGAGGAGAGGAGAGGAGCAGGACUUGUAGAGUUUCUGGACAUCUGGGAGGACCCGGAGAAGCACAGCAACAGUUUGGAUACACGGUGAUUUGACUCUGAGUGUUCACACAGGAGCCACAGGAGUGAGAAGAGCAGAAGUCACCGGAUCUAACGGGACACAGGAUCUCUGGACGGAGCAGCAGGCAUGUUGCCGGUGAUCCUGACAGUUUACCUCAACGACAGCCAGCAGAUGCUGACCGAGGUCCCGGUUACCCCAGCAACCAGAGUGAUUGACGUGGUGGAGUACUGUAAGGAGGCGGGCGAGGGGGACUGUCACCUAGCUGAAGUAUGGAGUGGCCAUGAGCGGGCUCUUCCUCAGGAGCUGCUGUUGCUGGAUCUCCUGCAGCAGUGGGGGGCUAGGAGACCAGAGGUCAGCUUCUACCUCAGACACCACGCUGCCUGGGCCCAAGGCAGUCAGCAGCCCUUGGAGCAGAGCCGAACCACUGAAGGAAUAGAGCUUGUUGGUGACAAGGUUCCCCGUGUGGAGCUGACCCUCUCUGAGCUCCAGGAAAUGGCCACAAGACAACAGCAACAAAUAGAGGCUCAGCAACAGAUGUUGGUCGCCAAGGAGCAGAGGCUGCGGUAUCUUCAGCAGGGAGGCAGAUCUAACCAGGGACAGACACAGUCUGAAGCUGAGAAGCUGCAGCGACUAAAGGAGCGAGUGGAGAGUCAGGAAGCCAAGCUGAAGAAGAUCCGAGCCAUGAGGGGACAAGUCGACUACAGCAAACUGAUCAAUGGGAACCUCUCUGCAGAGAUAAACCACGUCAGCAGUCUGUUUCAGGAGAAGCAGGCAGAGCUGCAGUCUGCUGUGAUCCGAGUUGACCAGUUGACUCAGCAGUUGGAGGAUCUGCGGAGAGGACGCCUUCAGCUGCAGCCUGCAGCACCACAGCAGGGUGCACCCCCCGGGUCGCAGGGUGCACCCACCGGCCAGGAGGGAUCACCUCUCUCUGGCCCAGCUGCUGUAGAACUGAGGAAACUGUACCAGGAGCUGCAGGCUCGUAACCGACAUAACCUGGAGCAGAGUAGCAAGCUGGCCCAGAACAAGGACCUGCUGAACAGGAGGAACGCCCAGGUGACGGUGAUGGACAAACGCAUUGGAGACCUGAGAGAGCGGCUGCACAAGAAGAGAGCAGAGUUGAGCCGUAUGAACGGAGGAGGCCCACCCUCCCCGCAGACUUCCCCCCACACCGGUGGUGCUGUUUCGGGGCGUGUGGCGGCUGUCUGUCCCUACAUCCAGGUCCCAGCAGGGGGAAGACAGGAGGCAGGGUACCCCCUGCCCUCUGACCCGCCUCCCAAACCCACCCCCCUCAGCCACAUCCGCUCCCUCUCAGCUAAUGAAGCAUCAUGGCCAAGCAUCAGCAAGAGCAUGUCAGACUGGAGGACCACCAGUCCGGAACAGCGUCCUACUGGUUAUGGUACCUACCCCAGUGCCACCCACCAGGCGGCGGGGCAUCACUGUGCUACCAGCUCCCUGCCCCGAUCUGCCCCAGGUACGCUGGGUUGGCCUCGUUCUGGUGCUGCCAACGCCACCUCCUCCUCCUCUUCCACAUCAUCAUCAUCUUCACAGCAAAUACAGCAACGUAUCUCCGUCCCUCCAACUCCAAACCAAGGCUCUACCACCACUUCCCAGUCCUCUCCUCUGCCCCAAACCCCCCAGAUGGACCGAUCAGACCCUCCUCCAGCAGCAGCUGUGCGUCCCUACGUCCCAGACCAUCCCUCAAGGCCCCAGUCCCCCAGGAAGGGCCCUGCCACCAUGAACAGCAGCUCAAUUUACAGCAUGUACCUCCAGCAGCCCCAGGCCAAAAACUAUGGAUCCCUCAGCAACAGGACUACUGUCAAAGCAGUCUAUGGUAAACCAGUCCUCCCCAACUCCUCCACCACUCCGUCCCCUGUCCCUUUCCUCCAGGGGAUUGGAGGAGGAGGAGGAAGAGGGGGAGGAGGAGGAGAGGAUGUUGUGGAUAAAGAAAUGAUGGGAGGAGGAAGAGGAGGUGAGAGCGGAGAUGGGCAGAUCCUGCCUCCCCCUAGUGUGGAGAAUAUCCCUCGACCUCUCAGCCCCACCAAGCUCACACCAGUUGCCCACUCCCCGCUGCGUUACCAGAGCGAUGCCGACCUGGAGGUGCUCCGCCGACGCCUCAGCAAUGCCCCACGACCCCUGAAGAAACGGAGUUCCAUCACUGAACCUGAGGGCCCCCAGGGGCCAAACAUCCAGAAGCUACUGUACCAGAGGUUCAACACGCUGGCAGGGGGCAUGGAAGGAGGGACAGGCAACCCGUUCUACCAGCCUGGCUGCCUAUUGGGCGACAUGGACAACAUCCACUCAGCCAAUGGGAACGUAGAGCUGGGCGAGAAGCAUGCGGCACCGGUGGAGGAUGAAGGUCAAAACCUGAACUCAGACUCCCACCGCUUGUCCCCUCCAUCUGUCGCCGCAGAAACGGCCACAGAGACAUCAACGACUGUGGCGGCGGCUGACAGUGCGUCUCCGUCAGCUCAGCCCAGUCCUCCCCCCGCGUCCGACAGGCCGGAGGAUCACAACAACAACAACCAGAGGGGUUCAAGUCCCUCCAACAACUCUGCCGGCCACACCUCCCCUUCUCCUUCACCGCCGUCCUCCAUGCCGCCAGCCCUGCCUAAGGCCAAGCGAACCAAUCUGAAGAAGCCAUCGUCGGAGCGCACAGGCCACGGUCUCCGAGUCAAGUUUAACCCUCUAGCCCUGCUGCUGGACGCAUCACUAGAGGGCGAGUUCGACCUGGUGCAGAGAAUCAUAUAUGAGGUGGAGAAUCCCAGCACUCCUAAUGAUGAAGGCAUUACUCCUCUUCAUAACGCCGUCUGUGCCGGCCAUCAUCACAUUGUCAAGUUCCUGCUGGACUUUGGAGUGAACGUCAACGCAGCUGACAGUGAUGGAUGGACUCCUCUGCACUGCGCCGCCUCCUGUAACAGUGUUCAUCUCUGUAAGAUGUUGGUGGAGUCGGGGGCGGCCAUCUUCGCAACCACAAUCAGCGAUGUUGAAACAGCGGCAGACAAAUGUGAAGAAAUGGAGGAGGGCUACACCCAGUGUUCUCAGUUCCUCUAUGGCGUCCAGGAGAAGCUGGGUGUGAUGAACAAAGGCUCAGUCUACGCUCUGUGGGACUACACUUCCCAGCAGGCCGAUGAGCUGUCCUUCAGCGAGGGCGAUGCCCUCACUGUGUUGCGUCGCCGUGACGACACCGAGACAGAGUGGUGGUGGGCGCGGCUGAACGACCGCGAGGGAUACGUACCCCGAAACCUGCUGGGGCUGUAUCCAAGGAUCAAGCCCAGACAACGCUCGCUGGCAUAGUGCCCAGACCCAGAGCCACGUGCACGCUCCCAGAGUGUCCGUGCACGGAGAAGAAGCGGAGCAGCGUGUGGGCGAACACGUUAGCUGAGAAAGCAAAGAGAAGAGAAAGAGAGCGAGGCGUGGAGGGAGUCACAGCGAGCAACAGGGAAGAUGAGAAGAGAUGGAGGAGGAGGAGUGAGAAGAGAAAGAGGGAGACAAAGACGGAGCUGUUUUCAGAUGAAGCAACUUUGUGUUUUUUUUUUGGGUUUGUUUAUAUGUAAUGCUGCAACCACACAGCCAUCUGAUGGUGAAAUCAUUCUAUGUUAGCACUGGGCUGCCGCUGAGGUCAUUUGGAGAAAUUGCCUGAAUCCUAUUUUGAGCAGCAGUGGCUUGACAACUCUGCAGGAGUUCAAACGCAUGACGGAAUCUGCCUAAAAAAAAAAUAAAAAAUCCAAAUAAAAAAGACUUAUCAUUUGGAUGCAGCUUCAUGUUCCACCCAGCAACCCUAAAAGACACCAAAAAGACGGGCUCAACAGGACGUGUUAGAAAACACUUUUCCACCCAGCAGGAUCUGCUUUUUGCUGAACUGAUUCGAAAUGGAGCUCAUUUACUGGCCAGGUCAGGUUAAAGUGUAAAUCAGAGGCAGUGUGAAAGUGAAGUUGGAGAGAGAGAGAGAGAGGUUGGAGAGGGAGCAGACAGAAUGUGUGUUUAACAAAGUGAAAUUGUGUCAGUAGCUGUUGUCGACGGAGAAAGCGUUAGCGAUGUUGCAUAGGAAAGAAAGGUGCAGGAAGUGCUGCAGAGAGGCUUAGGAAAGGAAUCCAAACACGAGACAGAAGCUGAAAGUCAACCCAAACAGGCACAUUAUUUGAAUUAUCAUCUCACAGUAAAAAUCCAUAUUUAAAAGUGCUUUUGUAAGGCCUGAGAGGUCCUGAUUAGACCAAACGAUGCAGGCAGCAGUGAUGAAGGAGGACAGAUGUCAUCUCAUGGUCCAGUGGCCCUUUUCACACUUGCAUUUCUCAGCCUGGAUUCACUCUCAUACUUAUUAACCCAGGCCUACAGUACACUACACCCCAGGUUAAGGAUUCACACUUGUAAAUCAAAGCCCGGGGGUUAAUGUCCUCAGAGCACUCAUUGCACAGUUUUGAACGGACAACAAACUUUCUGUGCUUUUGUCCUGACUUUGAUCCACACUGCAGAAUGUGACUUUUUGGGAAUAUCCCCAAAAAAGCAGGGACACCUACUUUGGGCUUUUUUGGCACUUUACUCACACAGGUUUUUAACUUUGACGCCGACUUUAGUAGCAGCAUCCACUUCCAAAGAUUUGCUGCAGAGAUCAGAGAGGAGGAGACAAGAGGGAAAGGCUGAAUGUGGCUGGAAUGUUUAUUUGUGAAACCAAAGUACCGAGCUAACUAAUUGGAUUUAUGGAGAUGAAUGGAGAACAUUGAUUUCUCUAUGAAACCUUCAUUCCUCGCCACCCAUUUUCCUGCAGUGCCCGGAAUAUUCCAAAACUCUUGUCAAACCAUGAGGCUGCCUAAAACAACAUGCAUGGUGUGUUUUCCAUCUUACACACAGCCUCCUUACGUCAUGGUGCGGCACACUCCACACCUUAUAAGUACGUCCAAAUUCAAUCUGGUAGUUUUUAAAAUCAUUCAGUCAAAGUCUUGUCCUGUGAAAUUGAGCAGUUUAGCCACUGGGGUGUGAAAAAGGUUAAAUUAGCCCAAAGUGAAUAAGAAACUUUGGCUAAUAAUGCACAGUGUGAAAAGGGCUUUGUCCAGUCGGUUAUCUAUGAAUCUUUAUCUGUUUUGGUUCAUAUUCACAUUUUUACUCAAAUCUACUUUGUAAGCAUUAUUUCCCCCAUUCAAUUUCAUUCAAACCAUUUUCUAUUUCUUAUUCUUAUUCUUAUUCUUAUUCUUAUUCUUAUUCUUAUUCUUGAGGACCCACCACUCUGUGUCUGUUGAUCUGGAUUGUGUCCAUGCUGAUGAGACUCACUGCUGCCACCUAGUGUACAGGCUGGUUCGACACCGCUGUGGCACUCGGGGCAAAGCGUCAUUUCCCUCAACACAUGCUGUGUAAAAUAUCUAGCAAUAAGUGUUUUGUCCCAUGUGAGGAUGACACAUUGUUCUGCAGAGUGCGUAACCAUUAUUUUGUGCAUAUGCAAUCUGUAUCUAUAUGGCUAAAAUGUACAAUAAUAAUAAUAAAGAUAAUAAUAAAGACAUUGUAGUCUAUGGAACUGU